UGUGUUCCUGGUGGCAUCCGUACCUGGUUCUCAUUUUGAUCAAGAGUGGGGAAUGACCCGCGUCGGAUCGCUACUACGUCAGCAUUGUUGUAUACCGCACACAGAAUCUCGGCAAUGGCCGCUGGUGGUGCAAGCUAGCAGUAUCGGCAGUUACGGAAAGGAUCCUAAGUUGUGGCUAACCGGUGAUUUUCUGUACAAUUUCACGAAAAUGAAAGACCAACCGCGGUUGCUAGCGCUGCCACCGGAGUUGAAGUUUAUAUAUCCGUCUUUUGAGAACGUUCAACAAUCACAUGAUGGUUUACUUGGCGGAGGCUGCCUACCUUACGCCGCAGAAAUACAUACUAAACAACUUUGGUUAAACAAUUUCUUAUACCAAUGGCGCGCAACACAUACACACCGCAAUCGCGCUAUGCCGCAUAUAAAAUCCUACACAAGGAUAAACACGUCAGCGUCAGAUGCGUCAGCGUCAGCAACGUCAGCGGCAUUCUACCUGCUGACGUCGGCGAACGUCAGCAAGGCGGCGUGGGGUCAGCUUAACAGAGGCAACGGCGCACUGAGGAUUUUGAGCUAUGAGGCCGGGGUGCUGUUUUUGCCUAAAUUUGUUAUAAAUUCCGACUUUUUCCCUUUGCAAGGAGCCAAUCGUCUCAUAAUACCUUACGACUUGCCUCCUGUAAAAUACACGGACAGCAUGUCGCCUUGGGUUUCGGAUUAUUUAUCUAGAUAGGAUACUUUUAGGGCGCGGUCAAAUAAGACGUAUGUAGACGCAUUUUUAGUACUACAAAGAUGAAAUGUCACGCAAGCAAGCGUCAGAUUUGAACGCGCCCUUAGCGUAGCUUAUGUUGAUAAUACAUACUAUACUUCUCAGCCGCGUUGUUUGUUUUUCAACCGGCUGUAAUCGCAGUGGCAUAUAUUUUUCAGCUGUUUAAAAGACACACUAGAACUUUGUUUAAAUCAACCUUUAUGUUAAGUUUCAACGUACGAGUAUUUUAAACUUGUUUUUUUCGUAUUCGUGUGUACAUUUGGUAUAAUAAAUUUAUUCUUUAAUUAUUGAGUAGCAUUCAAUUUAAUGAUUUAUUACAUUUUAUUGCCGACUCAGGAACCAACUUUUCUUUCAAUUAUUCUAAGGUUAGCUGUUGGAAAUCACUUUAUGGGGUAAGCUCGCCUUUGUACAAUAACGUUCUAUUUCUUUGUUAAUUUGUAAUUUGUUUGUGUUAUACAAUAAAGCGUUUACAUACAUACAUACAUAAUUUUCAA